AUGGAGGUCUCACUGAAAAGGAACAUCAUAUUUUUUGAUCAGCUCAAUGGAGGAGCCAUGAUACCUGCUGUGAAGCUCUCUCCGGCCGCCUUCUCUGUCACCAAUCAACGGUCUAAAUCAGCUUUUGUUCCGUCGGUGUCCAUUCUCAACAUGAAAAAAUUUGCGUCCUGCUCCCUUAGACCACUCUACCUCACAUGGCUAGAUGACCCACACACUUCCGAGCUGAAGCCUCGGAGGCAGCUGCUUGACUUCCGGUGUGCAGCUUCAGCGGCUGAUGACAAGGAGUCAAAGGCUGAGGUGUUGCCAGCCAGCUCAGAAGCAGCACAAAAGUUGAAGAUUUCAAUCUAUUUUGCGACUUGGUGGGCGCUUAAUGUAAUCUUUAACAUCUAUAACAAGAAGGUUCUCAAUGCUUUCCCGUAUCCCUGGCUCACCUCCACACUAUCCCUCGCCUGCGGCUCAGCGAUGAUGCUCUUCUCAUGGGUCACCUGCCUAGUUGAGGCCCCCAAGACUGACUUGGAUUUCUGGAAAGCACUUUUCCCGGUUGCUGUGGCUCAUACAAUUGGACAUGUUGCUGCCACAGUGAGCAUGUCAAAGGUGGCAGUGUCAUUCACACACAUUAUCAAGAGUGCUGAGCCUGCAUUCAGUGUUUUGGUGUCAAGGUUCAUUCUCGGAGAGUCAUUUCCGAUGCCUGUAUAUCUUUCUCUUCUCCCGAUCAUUGGUGGUUGUGGUCUAGCUGCUGCGACAGAGCUGAACUUUAAUAUGAUUGGGGAGGCAGCUAUUCUGAUGUACUCCUUCCAUGAUGCUAAUAGCCUUAUCCUCCCACCAGGAUUUAUGGGUGCCAUGAUAUCGAACCUUGCAUUUGUUUUCCGCAACAUCUUUUCGAAGCGGGGCAUGAAAGGGAAGUCUGUCAGUGGCAUGAAUUACUACGCUUGCCUUUCAAUUAUGUCCCUGGUCAUACUCACACCAUUUGCUAUUGCUAUGGAAGGCCCCCAAAUGUGGGCCACUGGAUGGCAAAAGGCUCUUGCAGAUGUUGGCCCCAACGUUCUCUGGUGGAUUGGUGCACAGAGCGUUUUCUACCACUUGUAUAACCAGGUGUCCUACAUGUCUUUGGACCAGAUUUCUCCAUUGACGUUUAGCAUUGGCAAUACAAUGAAGCGCAUAUCAGUUAUUGUUUCGUCAAUCAUUAUCUUCCGUACACCUGUCCGCCCUGUAAAUGCACUAGGAGCUGCCAUUGCCAUCUUUGGCACAUUCCUGUACUCUCAGGACAGGCAAAGCAGUGAGGUUUAUUCUAUUGUUGAAGGUCAGGUUCAUGGACGAAGAAUGUCUGCAGAAAUAGUACCAAGCACUGGGGCAAAUUUUGCUUGUGCAAGUGUCUUGUAG